GGGAGAGCGGUAGCGAGAGCCAGGCCCUAGGGCAGCGGGACCGGUGGAGAGAGCUGCGGCUACAGAGAAAGAUGAGCUGGGUCCAGCAAUAUUAUGGCAGAAGAUAGCCACAUGCAGAAGCAGCUGGAACUACAAAAUGGUAGCUUAGAAGAAGGAUUUGUGGUACAGUCCCAAGAGACCGAGCCCCAGAAGAUGAUGGAGAGCCUAAGCCCAAGGAAAUAUUCAUCCAGUCUGAAGUUUAAAACCAAUGGGGACUAUUCUGGCUCAUAUUUAACCCUCUCACAGCCUGUGUCUACCAAGAGAAGCUCUGCUCCCUUGGGCCCCAGUAUCAGGAGCAGCCCCUCCUUGGCCAAACUCCAGGGAAGCAAACAGUUUUGUGAUGGAACCGAAAGAACCAUUUCCAUGAAACCUCCUAUUUCGCUCCUCAGCUCUGCAUCUUCCCUUGGUGGUUAUCCACUCGGGAGAGCAGAUUUGGAUCAAUAUGCGGGUCGGGACAGUGAGAGGUCCUCCAGGCUCUCCGAGAAGCCUCCCUAUUCCAGAUACAGCUCUAGGAAUAAAUCACAUGACAACGUCUACUUUCUUGGGGGACUGGAAGGAAGAAAAGCCUCUGGCUCACUCCUGGCCAUGUGGAAUGGAGGAUCCUCCAGUGGUGCUGGCUUCGCACCCCCCAGCAGAUCUGGGGCAGCGAGCAUGCCUUCAAGCCCAAAGCAAGCUAGGAAAAUGAACCUACAGGACAACUUGACACUUCAGCCCAGGUUAAGCAGGCACAAGGAGCCAGCCUCUGAGAACAUCAGUGUAAGAACGAGGAAGUAUUCGGGGAGCAGCCUGAAUAAUAUGAGUGUCUACAGCCGAUCACUUCCCAGGUUGUAUAAAGCCACAGACAGCCAGAUGUCGCCUCUCAGCUUGCCUCCAAGAAAUUCCCUGGGCAAUACCAAACGAGGUCAGUUAGGGGAAAGGGAUCUACCUCAUAGCAUAGUGGACAAUGACAAUUACCUUAACUUUUCUUCUCUAAGCUCAGGGGCUUCACCCUAUAAAACCUCUCUGUCAGAGGGAAAUCCUUAUGUAAGCUCCACCCUUAGCGUCCCUGCCAGCCCUCGAGUGGCUAGGAAGAUGCUCCUGGCCUCCACCUCCUCAGAUGACUUUGAUAGGGCUUCCUACUCAGGGACCAGCCCAAGUCAUUCCUUCAUUUCCGGAGAACCAGACCGAGUGCUCAUGUCCAGGAGGAACUUCUCUUGUGGAUCUAUGGAGUUUGAUGAUUCUGAUCUGGAAAGUCUACGACAGUCCUCAGAGACUCCCCAGCCUGUUCUUCGAGAACGGAAGAGUAGCAUCAGCUCCAUCUCUGGCCGUGACAGUCUGAUGGAUUAUCACCGACGACAGAGAGAGGAGAGACUUAGGGAGCAGGAGAUGGAGCGCCUGGAGCGGCAGCGGCUGGAGACCAUCCUUAGUCUCUGUGCUGAGUACACGAAGCCGGACGGUCGACGCCUGUCAGCUGGCACCACGGUGGCUGAUGUGCAGAAAAUCAACAAGGAGCUUGAGAAGCUGCAGCUGUCUGAUGAAGAGUCUGUGUUUGAGGAGGCUCUGGUGUGCCCGGAUGCCAGGUACAGGUGCCAUCGGAAAGGCUCUCUCCAGGAUGUUGAUGUCGCUGGCUUCGGGAGCCUCAGUCACAGUGCCAGUUUCCUGGCCCCCAGGGGCAGCAGGAAUGAUGAACUGCUUGGCGACCUCACCAGGACGCCCCCGCCAUCCUCAGCUGCGUUUCUGAAAACAUCCAAUGAGUCCUCCUACCUCAGUAUCCUACCGAAGACCCCAGAGGAUAUAGAUGAGGAACAGAGGACUCAGGAGUUGGCUGCAAUGGAAGACGCCCGGAUGGUGAUUCUGAACAACCUUGAGGAGCUUGAACAGAAAAUCAAAGACAUAAAUGACCAAAUGGACGAAUCUUCCAGAGAGUUGGAUAUGGAAUGCGCUCUUUUGGAUGGGGAGCAGAAAUCUGAGAUGGCUGAACUCAUGAAAGAAAAGGAGAUUCUGGAUCAUCUAAACCGGAAAAUCACAGAACUAGAAAAGAACAUCGUAGGCGAAAAGACCAAGGAGAAGGUAAAGCUUGAUGCUGAGAGGGAAAAGCUAGAGAGGCUUCAGGAGCUUUACUCCGAGCAGAAGACCCAGCUGGACAAUUGUCCUGAGUCCAUGAGGGAGCAGUUACAGCAACAACUCAAGAGGGAUGCUGACCUGUUGGAUGUUGAGAGCAAACAUUUUGAAGACUUGGAAUUCCAGCAGCUUGAGCAUGAGAGCCGUCUUGACGAGGAAAAGGAGAACUUGACUCAACAGCUCCUGAGAGAGGUGGCGGAGUAUCAGCGGAACAUCGUCGCUAGGAAGGAAAAAAUUUCUGCAUUGAAAAAGCAAGCCAGUCACAUUGUUCAGCAGGCUCAGAGGGAACAAGAUCACUUCGUGAAAGAAAAGAACAAUCUAAUAACGAUGCUCCAAAGAGAAAAGGAGAAUCUUUGUCAUCUGGAAAAGAAGUACUCCAGCCUCACUGGAGGAAAAGGAUUUCCUAUUAACCCCAGUACUCUGAAAGAGGGCUAUGUCAAUGUAAAUGAGAUUAAUGAGUCAUGUGACAAUUCCACGAAUCUAUCCCCUUCCACUCAGUUCCCUGCUGAUGCUGAUGCUGCUGUCACUGAGCCUGCCUUGGCUGUGCCGGUGAGCCAGCCCCAGAGUUCAGAGCACUUUAGAAGUCUGGAAGAAAGGAAAAAACAGCACAAAGAAGGUCUCUAUCUGAGUGACACUUUGCCUCGAAAGAAAACCACACCUUCCGUCUCCCCACACUUCAGCAGUGCCACCAUGGGGAGAGACAGCACCCCGAAGGCUCACCUGCCUUUGGGCCAGAGCAACAGCUGUGGCAGUGUGCUCCCCCACUCGUUGGCAACAAUGACCAAGGACUCGGAAUCACGGAGGAUGCUCAGAGGAAGAAUGAAUCCCUCAGCAGGUUAUAAUCACCAACAGAUGAGUGAAGGACAGAGACAGAAACCUGAAUUUUACAACCGCACAGCAUCUGAGUCAAAUGUCUACUUGAAUAGUUUCCGUUACCCAGAUCACAGCUACAAGGACCAGGCCUAUGACACAUUGAGCCUGGACAGCUCAGAUAGCAUGGAGACCAGCAUUUCUGCCUGUUCACCAGACAAUAUCUCUAGUGCCAGCACGUCCAAUAUUGGCAGAAUAGAAGAAAUGGAGAGACUCUUGAAACAGGCUCACGCUGAGAAGACCCGGCUGCUGGAGUCCAGGGAACGGGAAAUGGAAGCCAAAAAACGAGCUCUGGAAGAAGAAAAACGACGCCGGGAAAUCCUAGAAAAACGACUGCAAGAAGAAACCAGCCAGAGGCAGAAGUUAAUAGAAAAAGAAGUGAAAAUAAGAGAGAAACAAAGGGCACAGGCUCGUCCUCUGACUCGCUAUCUGCCUGUCCGGAAGGAAGACUUCGAUUUGCGGAGUCACGUGGAGACGGCAGGCCACAAUAUUGACACCUGUUUUCAUGUGUCGAUCACAGAGAAGACCUGCCGAGGGUACCUUAUCAAAAUGGGUGGGAAAAUUAAGACAUGGAAGAAACGCUGGUUUGUUUUUGACCGGAAUAAGCGGACAUUUUCUUAUUAUGCAGACAAGCAUGAGGCUAAAUUAAAAGGAGUGAUAUACUUUCAAGCCAUCGAAGAAGUGUAUUAUGAUCACCUCAAGAAUGCUAAUAAGAGCCCUAACCCCUUACUCACCUUUAGCGUGAAGACACAUGACAGAAUCUAUUACAUGGUGGCCCCUUCCCCAGAGGCCAUGCGGAUCUGGAUGGAUGUAAUAGUAACUGGGGCAGAAGGAUAUACUCACUUCCUGUUGUGAUGAACUUUGGCAAUGGUCCACUUCAGGGCAGACUGCAACAGUCUCUUGCAAGAAUGAAGCCAUAUCCAGCCUCAGAUGGAAAGGCCCAGCAGACCACCAGUUUAAUUGUGUGCAUUCACAACUCUUUUCAUACUGGGGAGCCUUUUGAAAAAAGGAAAGCAGGGCUCAUAGUGAAAAACUCCUUUGACAAAAACAAAAGCAAAACACUAUUUUGAUAAAAGCAUCAUUUAGAUGUGCAUUUCUCAUAAACUUUUUAUCAGCUGAUGUUGGUUGAAUAAACUUAACAGUUUACACAGUGUCUGUAAAUAUGUACUUAGAAUGAGAUUAUUUUAGCACCCAAAUCAUUGCCAUAAGUAAUCAACUGCCUUCUUUGGAGGAAGUAGCAUUUUAUAAAAAUAAGCAGAUUAUGAUUUAGAAGGCAACAGAUUUUCGACAUUUUUGCCUUAAUUUUUAAAAAUUGCCCAAAAACCAAAGACAUGGCUGGACUCUGUUCAACAACAGUGUUACUCACUAACUAUGCUUUAAAAUGUUUUUUUUUUGUUUGUUUGUUUUUGUUUUAUUUUUUUUUUUGGUGCCAACCAUGUAGUACCUCCCAAAGAAGCUGUGCAUAGAUAGUAAACUGCUUUCUUAAGGGAAUUUAAAAUAAACAUUUUUUUAAAAGCUCCUUGUUUUAAUAAAAAGCCAUCUCAGACAAGAGAAACCUGUGACAUUAGGUAGUGUUCAUUAAGGAGAACAUUUAGUGGGAGGAGCCUGUUCUGUUGAACAUUUGUCCAUUCCUGGUGCUGAAGAUAAAAGCAACCAGUAACCAGUUUCCUCUAGACUGCCCAGUUCCUCUUGCUUAUGGGCAAGGCUGUUACCUGUGCCCUCCCAUGGAUAACUAUGAAACCAUCUCUGUUUUGCUGACAACAGAACAUUUAAAAUAUCUUUUUUUUUUUUUUUUUUUUUUGGAGACAACCAAAAUUCAAGUUAACGUACUCUAUGCUAUAUCUUUUAUAUACAUCUUUACAAAUAACCUUGUCUUUAGAGCUAAUUUUUGUUGAAUGAAAUGACUUCAGGCAAGUCUCUUUUAUAAUAGUUUUCCAAGUGCCAUUUAUUUUAGUUUUUGUGUUUUGUGUUUUUAAGUAUGAAUGAACUCUUUCCUAAAAUAUGCCAAAUGGAUAGAAGUAGAAAAUAAUGACAUUACUUACUUGUACACGUGAAAUGAUUAGAAAUGUCCAUAAAAUUUUGUCAGGCCUGACUGGGUACAAUUUUUUUUUAAACUUACAGUGUACUUUUAUACCUGCAUAUGUGUUAUCAUUAAUACAACUUUUGCAACUGGAUGGUGCAAGGUUCUACUUGAAUAAUGAGGGACAAAUAUCAUGACUGUAGGAGGUAUUUCUCAUCUGUGAUUUUUGCAUCAGUCCGUCCCCCUUCAACUCUGGUGAUCUAAAACAUUAAAAUGCAAUUGCUGAGAUUUGGUUAGUUGAUGAAAAGACACACUUUUUCUGUACUGUACUUUCUCCAUAGGAUUGUAAGGGUGUUUUAAUCAAUUUGCAUGUUUGAACCUUUUAGAUAUAUACGUGUUAAAUGUAUUGAGUUUGGAUUAAAGUGUUGACCUGAUUUCA